AUGGCGACAUUUACUCGCCCAGUUGCCUCGAGCAUUGCUGCUGUUGACUUUACUGUGUAUUCUGACGAAGAGAUUAAAAAGUUGUCGGUGAAAAGGAUUCAGAAUACGCCGACUUUAGAUUCUUUUAACAACCCAGUUCCCGGUGGUCUCUAUGACCCUGCUAUGGGCGCAUGGGGAGACCAUGUGUGUACUACAUGCCGGCUGAACUCUUGGUCAUGCACCGGUCACUCCGGUCAUAUUGAGCUCCCUGUACCCGUUUACAAUGUUACUUUCUUCGAUCACAUUUACCGUCUUCUCCGGGCACAGUGCAUGUAUUGUCAUCGUCUGCAAAUGCCUCGCGCUGUGGUCAACCUAUACAUCUGCAAGUUGCGCCUCUUGCAAUAUGGAUUGAUUGAUCAAGUGGCUGUUAUCGAAACCAUAGGAUCUUUUACUGGCUCCAAGUCAAAGUCUAGUAAGAGUAAGGCCAACAGUGACGAUUCUGCUGAUGAUGAAGAUGACGACGAGACCGUAAUGGAAAAGCGAAUUGCCUUCGUCAACCGAUCCAUCAAGGAGGCCAAGAAAGAUGGCAGACUGGAUGGUCUCAUGGCUGGUGCAAAGAAUCCCAUUGCCGCAGAACAUAGACGAGCCUUGGUAAAGACCUUCCUGAAGGACAUCAAUGGCAUGCGCAAAUGCGCUAGCUGCAGUGGUAUUACUCCGGGAUACCGAAAAGACCGUUACAACAAGAUUUUCCGAAAGGCACUUCCCGAAAAGUCUAAGGUGGCGAUGGUGCAAGCUGGUUUCCAGGCACCAAACUCUCUUGUCCUCCUUGACCAAGAAAGGAAAGCAGAGCUGAAAGCGAACGGAACUUCUGAGAUUAAUGGUGCCGAGGAAGAAAUCCUUCGUGGAGCGGCAGCGGUCACGAAAGAAACAACCGCGUCCGGGGAGACCCAGGAAUUUUUGACCUCCUCCGAGGUUUACAGUGCCCUGCGGCUUCUUUUCCAAAAGGAUGGCGAGGUUUUGCAGCUUGUUUACAACUCCCGACCUGUUCCGAAGAGUGUCAAAGUCGUCAGCGCAGACAUGUUCUUCAUCAGGAGCCUUCUGGUACCACCGAACAAAUAUCGCCCUGCGGCCCCCCAAGGUCCCGGCGAGAUCAUGGAAGCACAACAAAACACCCCGUUCACUUCAGUUCUGAAGCAGUGCGAUACCAUCAACCAGAUUAGCAAGGAAAUACAAAAUGAGGAGGAAAAGACCAUGCUGCGGGCACGCAACUACAGUGACCUCCUUCAGGCCAUUGUUUUGCUUCAGGAUCAGGUCAACGGUCUGAUUGAUAAGGAACGGACAGCCGUCACAGGUUCUGCUGUGGCUUCAUUGCCCAACGGUAUCAAGCAGCUUUUGGAGAAAAAAGAAGGACUGUUCCGGAAAAACAUGAUGGGUAAACGUGUCAACUUUGCUGCCCGCAGUGUCAUUUCGCCAGACCCCAACAUUGAAACAAAUGAAAUUGGCGUGCCGCUUGUAUUUGCCAAGAAGCUUACUUUCCCGGAGCCUGUCACAAAUCAUAACUUCUGGGAGUUGAAGGAGGCUGUGAUCAACGGCCCGGACAAGUACCCUGGUGCUUCUGCGAUCGAAAAUGAGAAUGGUCAAGUCAUCAACUUGAAGUUUAAGAGCCUCGAUGAGCGCACAGCACUUGCAAAUCAGCUGCUUGCUCCUUCCAACUGGCGUAUGAAGGGCAAUCGAAACAAGAAGGUUUACCGCCACCUUACCAGCGGUGAUUACGUCCUCAUGAAUCGUCAGCCCACUCUUCACAAACCGUCCAUCAUGGGUCACAAGGCUCGAGUGCUUCCAAAUGAGCGGACUAUUCGCAUGCAUUAUGCCAACUGUAACACCUACAAUGCUGAUUUCGACGGUGAUGAGAUGAACAUGCACUUCCCUCAGAAUGAGCUUGCUCAAGCAGAAGCCAGAAUGCUGGCAGACGCAGAUCACCAAUACCUGGUUGCAACAUCCGGAAAGCCCUUGAGAGGUUUGAUUCAAGAUCAUAUCUCCAUGGGAACCUGGUUCACCUGCCGUGAUAGCUUUUUUGAUGAGGAGGACUACCACCAACUUCUCUACAGCUGCCUGAGACCGGAGGAUUCUCAUAUCGUUGGGGAUCGCAUCCAACUGGUGCAGCCUACUAUUGUCAAGCCAAAGUACAUGUGGACCGGUAAGCAGGUGAUCACGACCAUUCUCAAGAACAUUCAACCCCCGGAGAGCCACGGUCUCACCCUCAAGGGCAAGUCUUCAACUCCUGGUAGCCGAUGGGGAGAUAAGAAUAACGAAGAGGACACGGUCAUCUUCCGGGAUGGCGAGUUCCUGUGCGGUAUUCUCGAUAAGAAGCAACUUGGUCCUACCGCUGGAGGUCUCAUUGAUGCAAUUCACGAGAUCUACGGACACACUAUUGCAGGAAAGCUUCUUAGUAUUCUCGGUCGACUCCUCACAAGAGUCUUGAAUAUGCGGGCUUUUACUUGUGGUAUCGAUGAUCUUCGCCUAACCAAGGAAGGCGACCGCAUCCGCAAAGAGAAACUAAGCACUGCUGCCGCUAUGGGCCGCGAGGUUGCUUUGAAAUAUGUCACACUCGACCAAGUCGCCGCGCCUGAUCAAGACGCUGAACUGAACCGCCGUCUGGAAGACGUGCUUCGCGAUGACAGCAAGCAAGGUGGCUUGGAUAGUGUUUCUAACGCCCGAUCUGCAAAGCUUUCUUCCGAUAUUACCAGCUCGUGUCUUCCCGAAGGCCUUGCUAAGCCCUUCCCAUGGAACCAAAUGCAAUCUAUGACAAUCUCCGGAGCCAAAGGUUCAGGUGUCAAUGCCAAUCUAAUUUCCUGCAAUCUUGGUCAGCAGGUCUUGGAGGGUCGUCGUGUACCCGUUAUGAUCAGCGGUAAAACAUUGCCAUCUUUCCGAGCCUUUGACACGCAUCCCAUGGCCGGUGGAUUUGUUUCUGGUCGUUUCUUGACUGGUAUCAAACCUCAGGAAUACUACUUCCACGCAAUGGCUGGUCGUGAAGGUCUGAUUGAUACCGCCGUCAAGACCUCUCGCUCUGGUUAUCUGCAACGUUGUCUUAUCAAGGGUAUGGAGGGCCUGAGAGCUGAAUAUGACUCUUCCGUCCGCGAGGCAGCUGAUGGUUCGAUUGUCCAAUUCCUGUACGGAGAGGACGGUCUAGACAUCACCAAACAAGUCCAUCUCAAUGAUUUCUCCUUCCUUGCCGAGAACCACAAGUCAGUUGGAAAGCAAGUCAAAUCUGAGGACUAUACAAGCUUGGCAAAGGAUGAUGUGAUCGCCUGGCACAAGAGUGCCAUGAAAUCGGUUCGCAAAGCUGCUAAAGCCGAGCCUAUGGAUCCUGUCUUGUCUCGCUACCACCCUGGAGGCCACUUGGGUAGUACAUCGGAGGCAUUUGCUCAAGCAUUAAAGAAGUAUGAGGACGAGAACCCUGACAACCUGAUCAAAGACAAGAAGAAGGAAUUUGUAGGAGUCGGCAAGCAAGUUGUUUCGAAGAAAACAUUUGAUGCUUUAAUGAACAUGAAGUAUCUGAAGUCGAUUAUCGAGCCCGGUGAAGCUGUUGGUAUCAUGGCUGGUCAGUCUGUUGGAGAGCCGUCCACACAGAUGACUCUGAACACUUUCCACUUGGCUGGUCACUCUGCAAAGAACGUGACACUGGGUAUUCCCCGACUGCGUGAAAUCGUUAUGACAGCCAGUGCAUCGAUCAUGACCCCAACUAUGACACUUCUUUUGAACGAAGAGAUAUCUAAGAAGGAUGCCGAGACUUUCGCCAAGGCCAUCAGCAAGCUCAGUAUCUCUGAGGUUGUCGACAAGGUCCAAGUGAAGGAACGGAUUGGCUCGGGUAUCGGUCAUGCGAAGGCUAAGAUCUAUGAUAUUGAAAUUGGCUUCUUCCCCCCUGAGGAGUACUGCAAGGAAUACGCUAUCGAGGUCCAGGAUGUGCAAAAUGCCCUGCAAAACAAGCUCAUUCCUCGCCUGGUGAAAUUAACUAAGAUGGAGCUGAAAAAGCGCAACGAGGACAAGAGCGGUAAAAAGUCUUCAACUGCUCAGCCCGAGAUUGGCGUCUCUGUCGGUAGAAUAACAGAGGCCCCAAGCGGCCCCGAUCGUGGGGACCAGCCAGGUGACGACGACGAUGAGGAUGAUGAGGAUGAUGCUAAGCGGGCUAGCGGAAAUCAAAACAGAAGCAACCAGGUAUCCUACGAAGGUCCUGAUGAUGAUGAACAAGAUAUCAUCAUGCAACAAGACUCUUCUUCUGAGGAUGAAGGUGAUGAGGAGGUGAACCAAAAACCCAAACCUGCCCGUGACGACUCAGAAGAUGAUUCAGACGAUGAGACUGUUCAAGAAAGCAAAUUGCGUGAGCAGGAUGUCAAGAGCAAGUACGCGGAGAUCACCAAGUUCAAGUUCGAUCCCAAGAAGGGCAAGUCGUGCAAUAUACAGCUGCAAUACGACAUUGAGACACCCAAGCUUCUGCUUCUCCCCCUGGUUGAAAGGGCAAUCCACGACGCUGUCAUCCAGUCACUUCCCAAAAUUGGAAACUGUGUUUACGUUGACGCGGAUGACAUCAAGGGAGAACCCGCAAACAUCAUCACCGAUGGUGUCAAUCUACUCGCCAUGCGCGAAUAUCAGGACAUUAUCAAGCCGCAUUCGCUUUAUACCAAUUCCAUUCACGAUAUGCUCCACUAUUACGGCGUUGAAGCUGCGCGUGCUACCAUCGUCCGCGAAAUGGAUGCAGUCUUCACUGGUCACAGUAUCUCCGUUGACAACCGUCAUUUGAAUCUUAUUGGCGAUGUUAUGACCCAGUCUGGUGGAUUCAAGGCCUUCAGCCGUAAUGGUCUGGUAAAAGACGCUACUUCUGCAUUUGCUCGUAUGUCUUUCGAGACCACCGUCGGUGCCCUGAAGGAAGCUGUUCUUGAGAGAGACACCGAAGAUCUCAAGGGUCCCAGUGCUAGAAUCGUCGUUGGACGCGUUGGUACUGUUGGUACUGGUGCUUUCGAUGUCCUUGCCCCUGUUGCAUAG